AAAUGUGACACUUCCUGUGUGAAGUCCUUCCGGUAAAAAUAUACACAUGUGGAAACGGGUGACAUUGCGACCUGAUUGCGACACCUUAAUGAAUGAUAGAGCUGAUUUGAGGAAAAAAUAACUAAUCACCAUGGCUUCAUCCUGUACACAGCUUCUACAAUGCAGAAGUCUUUGUUCAAAGACAGUGGCCAGUACCUGGCAGUAUACUCAACUUCGCCAUUGCAUUACAGUUACAAAGAUACCCACCCAAAUCCUAAAUGGAUCCUCAGUCAUCAAGGGGAAUCACACAACACCACAGGCAAGACAGAGGUGGAAACAACAGCUGUCCUGUUAUAGUGACUUAGCUGCUAAACAUCUGGCAACCAAGGCUAAAGAAGACAAGCAUUUUGAAGAAACAUCUAGUGCUAAGCUUGUAGCGUUCAAGAGUCCCCUGGUGCCAAUCAGAGAUGAAGGCCAGAUAUCAUUAGAUCUGGAUGCUGCUGCUAAGCUUUCAGCAUUAGAGAAGAUCAGUGAUGAAGAGGCUGUCCGUAUAUCUGUUCCCCCGUCCCUGCCCCCAGUCUCGGACUCUCUCAGAGGCUAUGUUGACCAGUCUGAGACACUCACCAAACUGGUACAACUAGGUGUGAACCUGUGGAAGCUUGAACAAAGGCCAGGCGUGGGCUCCAUGCUACUGAGGCUCAACUUCAACACAGACGUGGCUCCAAGGCUGCUGUUCCUCAAAGAGAUCGGGGUGGAGGAGUCUUGCUUUGGCGACAUCAUCACUAAAAACCCCUUCUUUCUCACUGAGAGUUUGGAAAACCUGCAGGCCAGGGUGAACUAUCUUAAGUCAAAGAAGUUCAGUUCUGAGAUUGUUGCGUCCAUGGUGUCCAAAGCUCCGUACCUACUGAACUUCAGUGUGCAGAGGCUGGACAACAGACUGGCAUUUUAUCAGCGGCACCUCAAAGUCAAUGCCUCUAAUACACGGAACAUUGUAGCUCGUCUACCCAGAUUACUGACCAGCAGUUUGGAGCCUAUUAAAGAAAAUUUGAAGGUGUGUGAACUAGAGCUGGGCUUUAAGGAAAAUGAGAUUCAGCACAUGGUUAUUGCCGUGCCAAAAGUCCUGACUUUCAAUAAAAAGAAGCUAAUCCAAAUAUUUGACUUCCUCCACAAUGUCAUGAAGGUGCCACACAACCUGAUCACCAAGUUCCCACAGGUCUUCAAUUCCAAGUUCUUGCGUAUCAAAGAGCGCCACCUGUUCCUUGAAUACCUUGGAAAGGCUCAGUAUGACCCCGUCCUGCCCAACUACAUCUCCCUGGACCGCCUGGCGAUUCUGCCUGAUAAGGAUUUUUGCACUGAGGUGGCUUUGGCCACAUUGGAAGAUUUUCAUUUGUUCCAAAAGACCCUUUGAUUCUUCAUGAAGGGACAAAAUAAAGGAAAAAAUAAAGGAAAACAUGUGGUCAAGCACACAGAAUAAAUAUCAUGAUGUCAGAAACACGCAGACAUGAAAGUGUUUAAACAUGGAGCAUCAGCUGAGUUUGAACUACAUUUUGCUUUGUAAGUGAUAUUUAAUAAAUGUAAACAAUGUAUAUAAGCACCUCUGA